AUGAAAGAAGAGACUGUUUCUGAGCCUCAGAAGGAAAUCAAAGUGACUUCGUCUGUUUUAGAAGCAUUCGAUUUACUUAAAGAUGCAAAAGAUGAGACGAAACUUAUCGGCGGCAGUAAAAUAAUUUCGCAGUUAGUAGUCAAUGAGAAUGAAAAGGACCUAAAGUAUGUUCUCAAAAGGCUUGUCAGGAGUUUGGGCGCUAAUAUACCAGAUAUGAGAACUGGUUACUUUGCUACCUUGGUAACAUUAUUAUCAAAAUUUGAACAGGUGUCUGUAGCACAACUACUAGAACUCGCCAAAAAAGAACUUCAUAGCAAUGGAUCUUCCAAAAGUGAGGUUGGUGAUGUUGCUCUUGGCCAGAUCUUGGUCUGCAGUGCACUAUUUCGCUCUGGCCGUAUUUUAAAAUGUACAACUGAAGAACAGAGUGAAGUUAUACAAUUGCUAUUAGCUAGUAGCAAGAAAAAGUCUUAUUUGAACACUGUAGCAUACCUCAUACUGCUAGAUUUUGUGAAUGGGGUGGAUGCUGAUCAAUUUGGGCAGGUCAUCUGGCCAUUAAUUAAGCCAGAAUUUAAAAGAGAUAUUAAAGAACAUUCUCUGGACUCUUUAUAUUUUUUGUUUGUUAUCAGCACAAAAUUCCCAGAUAAAGUAAAACUGAGGAAAUUAAUAGGCUCUCCUGAAAUUCUGUGUGAAGAUAAUAUCCACACAGUGUGCGAGAAAAUAAUGACUGGAAUAGACUUCAAUUCAGUUGGACAUCCCAUAUACAAAGAAAUCGCAAUAAAAAUUGCAAAUUCAUCUCACCUACAGCUGUUUUGGACCUCAGGUAUUGAUAGCCAACUGGUAAAACACAAUAGAAAUAGGGAACUGGUUGCAGUCAAUAUACUUACCACCAUACUUACCAAUAUACAUGAAAAUUAUGAAGUUAUACCAGAGUUAAUAAGCAGAAAUUUCUUCAAAUUGUUCAUGGAUUGGUUUAAAGGACUUCAAACUGCUAGCAAAAUCAGAAGCAAACGAGACAAUGAAGAUGACAACAAAUUGAUGAUUAAAAAACAAAAAGAACUUCUUAAUGCCUUAUGUAAAGCAUUAAAAUCAGAAAAAGUUGAUAAUACUGUAAGAGUUGAAGUACUUAAGAAAUUGCUUUUUACACCUGGUGAAAUAAAUUUCACAGAAAUAACUGGUACAACUAUUGUAAAAUCCAUUAUUGCUGAUCUAAAUAAGGAUGGCGUUAAAAAAAUGGCCAAGUUAUUUAAAGGGGUUCUCUUAAACACUUCUAAAAAAUCCAUAAAAGAAGAUGUUGAAAGGAAUUGGUACAAUAAUGAGAGAGUCAAAGCUGCAGAGUUAUUGUCUUACUUGGUGAGCCAUGAGUCUGUCAAAGAUGAUACAGAAUUUAAAUUAACAUACAUGAAGUUGUUAAUGUGUUUUGGAUUCUUCAAAGUUGGUGGUGAUGAAACUGUCCCAAUUAGCAUUGAGCUGUCUAGUUCAAUAAAAUCAUGUUUCUAUCGCUGCUUCACUUCUCGAUUUUCAAAUGUUGACAAUUUAGUCACAGUACUUUCAUCAUUAUGCAGCUUUAUAUGCAGUAUUCUCCAAAAGGAACAGAUUCGAGCAAAAAUAGAGAAACAGUUUCCACAAGAAAAUGUAGAUUGUUGGGAAAUGCUAAUGGAAGUGUGUCAAAAUAUAGAAAAGAAUGACAUAAAGUCCAAGGUUGACAAUGUUUUUCUUAUUUUAUUGUAUCAACUUGGACUUUUCUUAUUUUCUGAACCUGUGCAUGUAAAAAUUGCAAAAAGUUCAAUUAAGGAACUCAAAAGCUGUUAUGAGCAUUACAGAAAGGGGAAAAAAAAGAAACCAAAACUAGUAACAGAAGGAGACCUCACAAGUGAACCAGAAUGGAUUGAAGUUUUGGUUGAAGUACUUCUGUCCAUAUUAUCAGCAGAAUCAAGUGUUCUUCGAUCUGUUGUGCAGUGUGUCUUUAGACUGUUAUGGGAAUAUUUAACUCCUUCAUCAAUUGGUCAAAUAAUAUCAGUGUUAGAUCCUGAAAAUGAGUCUAAUCCACUAACACAUGAUGACUCAGGAUCUGAAAACGAAGAUGAUAGUGAUAUUGAAGAAAAAGAAAAUGGCAAUAAUAGCACAGACAGUGAUAAAGAAGAAGAGGAAGAAGAUGAUAGUGAUAGUCAAAUGGAAGAUGAUGAUGAAGAAGAUUUAAAAACACCUGAUCAAUUAAGGUUAGCUAUACAGAAAGCCUUAGGAUCAGCUGCCCCAGAAUCAGAAACUGAAAGUAUUGAUGCUGAUACAAUUGAUGAAAAAGAAGGCAAGAAACUUGAUGAAGCAUUAGCUGAGGCUUUCAAACAGUUCCGCCAGGGUAAGGGCAGGAAGACAAAAAAAGAUCGCAAGGAUAAAAAAACAUUGUCUGAUUUCCGAGUCAGAGUACUUGAUCUUAUUGAUAUUUAUUUAGAAAAAGACCCUUCAAUGGAUAUCUGUCUUGGAAUGAUUGCACCCCUCACUAGAUGCUUAGAAUUUUGCAUUCAAGAUCAGUUUACUGAAUUAGAGAACAGAGUAAGAAAAACUAUUAAAAACCUGGCUAAAGUAAGGAAAUUUUCCUCAGUUGAUGAUGUUAGUAUUGAAAUUUUAUGUGACUAUAUGAAAGCAACCAUUGAUAAAGGUGCAAGAUCCCACUUUUUGUUUCAAGCUCUUGGAGAUGUGAUUACCUUUUUUGCUACAUUUAUUAUUCAUUGUUCCUUAAAAAUUAAAUACCCGAAAUCACCGAAAAAAACAAAAUCUGCACCUGAUGUGAAUGGUCCUCUUCUAUCAAUUUUAAAAGAAUCACUCCAAAGCUACUUCCAAAAUCGAAACUGUAUGCUGCCAAUCAUUUUCUUCCACAACAUUCUCCAAACAGAGUGGAAUGGCAGCUAUGAAUUAGUGCCAGUAAUAAUUGAAAAUGUCUUUAACAAUGGUGUGAGGCAAUUCCGACGCAAUGAGGGACUAGAGUUGAUGGCAGGUUUUUUCCGGGCACUGAGGCGCAAUAAACCUAAUUCUGAAAAAGUAUUCAAUGAUUUGUUGUCUUUAGAAGCCAAGUUUGAAAAUGCUUUAAUACAGAUUAGCAAAAGUAACACAGAAUUCACCGUAAAAAAUAAUUUCCUCACAACAUUAAAAAAGUUAAUCAAUAUAAUUAAAUUAUUUCAUGAAAGUUGUAAAAUACAGACUAAUUUAGAUUUUAAGGCUAUGCUUGAGAUUGUUGGGUCGUGUAAAUGCUUAGUAAGCACUAACAAUAAACAAGUUACUGAAAAACAGAAUAAAAAAGCAAAGAAGAACAACAGGAAAAGAAAAAUAGAGCAAGUAAAUGGUAAAGCAGAACACCAGCAGCAGGUACCACGGGUAAAGAUAAAAAAGACCAGUGAAAUUGCUUAA